GGCGCCGGCAGCAGUCGCCGGGCCUGUGGCAGUUCAGAUGUCAGGGCGGCCGGAGCAGGCGUUGGCCGCGGACAUGACGCCUGAGGACCCGGAGGAGACCCAGCCGCUCCUGGGGCGGCCCGGCGGCAGCGCUCCCCGCGGCCGCCGCGUCUUCCUCGCUGCCUUCGCCGCCGCCCUGGGCCCGCUCAGCUUCGGCUUCGCGCUCGGCUACAGCUCCCCCGCCAUCCCCAGCCUGCAGCGCGCCGGGCCCCCAGCCCCGCGCCUCGACGCCGCCGCCGCAUCCUGGUUCGGGGCCAUCGUAACCCUGGGCGCCGCGGCGGGGGGCGUGCUGGGCGGCUGGCUCGUGGACCGCGCUGGCCGCAAGCUGAGCCUCCUGCUCUGCACCGUGCCCUUCGUGGCCGGCUUUGCCAUCAUCACCGCGGCCCAGGACGUGUGGAUGCUGCUCGGUGGCCGCCUCCUUACCGGCCUGGCCUGCGGCAUUGCCUCGCUAGUGGCCCCGGUCUAUAUCUCUGAAAUUGCCUACCCCGCAGUGCGGGGGCUGCUUGGCUCCUGUGUGCAGCUGAUGGUCGUGACAGGCAUCCUCCUAGCCUACCUGGCAGGCUGGGUCCUGGAGUGGCGCUGGCUGGCCGUGCUGGGCUGUGUGCCCCCCUCCUUCAUGCUGCUGCUCAUGUGCUGCAUGCCCGAGACCCCACGCUUCUUGCUGACUCAGCACAAGCGCCAGGAAGCCAUGGCCGCCCUGCAGUUCCUGUGGGGUUCCGAGCAGGGCUGGGAAGAGCCCCCUGUCAGGGCUGAGCACCAGGACUUCCACCUGGCCCAGCUGAGGCAUCCUGGCAUCUACAAGCCCUUCGCCAUUGGCAUUUUGCUGAUGGCCUUCCAGCAGCUGUCAGGGAUCAAUGCUGUUAUGUUCUAUGCAGAGACCAUCUUUGAGGAAGCCAAGUUCAAGGAGAGCAGCCUGGCCUCGGUCAUCGUGGGCAUCAUCCAGGUGCUGUUCACGGCCGUGGCAGCCCUUGUCAUGGACAGAGCUGGGCGGAGGCUGCUCCUGGCCUUGUCAGGUGUGAUCAUGGUGUUCAGCACCAGUGCCUUUGGUGCCUACUUCAAGCUGACGCAGGGUCCCCCCAGCAACUCCUCACACAUGGACCUCUUGGCGCCUGUCUCCUUGGAGCCCGCAGAGGCCAGUGUGGGGCUGGCCUGGCUGGCGGUGGGCAGUGUGUGCCUCUUCAUCAUCGGCUUCGCUGUGGGCUGGGGACCCAUCCCCUGGCUCCUCAUGUCUGAGAUCUUCCCUCUGCAUGUCAAGGGCUUGGCCACUGGCGUCUGCGUCCUUACCAACUGGCUCAUGGCCUUUCUGGUGACAAAAGAGUUCAGCAGCCUCAUGGAGGUGCUCAGGCCCUACGGUGCCUUCUGGCUCGCAUCUGCCUUCUGCAUCCUCAGUGUCCUUUUCACUUUGUUCUGUGUUCCUGAAACCAAAGGAAAGACUUUGGAACAAAUCACAGCCCAUUUUGAGGGGCGAUGACAGCGCCUUCCCGUGAGGGGCUGCCCUUCCUAGCUAGGCCGGCUUUGAGCUUCAGAGGGGAUGGAGCCCGCCUGUGACUCUGAGCUAGGCCUCAUCCGGAGCCUGGAACCCCUGCCUGCCCCAGAUUCCCAGGGAGCCAGGAGCCAGGACCACAGGCCUUCGGAGCCUUGUCCUCUGGGGUCUCUCCUUCCUGCCCAGCUCUCCGAAGCCCAGUGAACCAUGGGUGUGAGGUUUCCAUCCCCUGGAUCCAGUGCCUGCUGCUGCUCUGCCCCCGCGGAGGAGGGGACAUCUCAGAGGGCUUCACUGCCCUGUGGUCAGCCCGCCAGGAGCUGUCUCCGUCAUGACGCCAAAGGGACAGCGGAAGGGACUCUUGGCUCCUCGUUUUCUGGAGGAGGUGCUUUUGGAGACUGAGUGAUGCUGGCCAUAGUUUCUCCUCUCAUGUGGCUGCAUUAAUAGGAAGGUCUUUUGUUUGCCAAAUAAAGCUUUGACUCAGAAAA